AGGGAGAAUAAAAAAAUGAAGACAGCAGAAGAUAUGGAGAAAUAAAAAAGUCUAGUUUGUUAAUGCGUUGGCCGAAUGCGAAUCUCAACGCAGGCGAAAUUGACGACGCGUGAGAAAUUGUAUUUAUGAGAGAUCUCAACAAACUGCUCAAUCUCAAUCUCAAUCUCAAUCUCAAUCUCAAUCUCAAUAAAUUCUACUUAGUCAGAAGUAAUUGAAGUCGGCCACCGCCGCUGCUUUCGGUUGAGAAAUUAAAGAUACAGACCCCCACCCUCUCUCUCUGCUCUUGCACAUCGCCUUUGCCCUUUUCAAGUUAACAUGUUUAGGAGAAAAUCACAGGAGAUUGACACAGCAGAACGAGAUGCAAAGGUUAAACAGCUCAGGGAUGCUCUUGGUCCACUUUCUGGUCGCAGCUUAAAGUUUUGCUCCGAUGCAUGCUUGAGAAGAUAUUUGGAAGCUCGGAACUGGAAUCUCGACAAAGCCAAAAAGAUGCUGGAAGCUACUCUUAAGUGGAGAUCAGAAUAUAAACCUGAAGAAAUCCGUUGGCAUGAGGUAGCACAUGAAGGUGAAACAGGCAAGGUCUCGAAAGCUAAUUUCCAUGACCGGAAGGGGAGAACCGUCCUCAUAAUGAGGCCCGGGAAGCAGAACACAACGUCGUCUGAGGGCAACAUCCGACACCUUGUGUACCUAAUGGAGAACGCCAUCUUGAACCUGCCCGAGGGGCAAGAGCAAAUGUCGUGGCUUAUAGACUUCAACGGGUGGACAAUAAACACCAACAUCUCCAUCAAAACAUCGCGAGAUAUCAUCUACGUUUUGCAGAACCACUACCCUGAGAGGCUUGCCGUUGUCGUCCUCUACAACCCUCCGAGAUUCUUCGAGGCAUUCUGGAAGGUUGUGAAAUACUUUGUUGAUGAGAAAACAUUUCAGAAGAUAAAUUUUGCGUACCCGAACAAGAAGGAGAGUUUGGAGAAGAUGAAGUCGUUUUUCGACACCGAGAAUCUGCCGAGUGAGUUUGGAGGGAAGGCAACGCUGGAAUACGAUCACCAGGAGUUUUCGAGAUUGAUGGCGGGAGACGAUGUCAAAACAGCCAAGUAUUGGGAGUUGGAUCGAACCAACGGCUACGACAACAAGACUAAUAAUGGUCAUUCCAAGUCCGAGGUGGAUACAGAGCCAUGCUGAACCAAAUGUAUUAUUAUAUAAUUAUAGCUGAUCAUAUGGCUAAUCGGGAAUUUUAUUUUGGAGUAACAUUAUUGAUUGUUGUUGUUCUAAGAAUUGGAUUGGAUGUGCAAGGCUUUUUAAGUCUGUACAAUGAUAUGAAUUUACCACUUCAUAAUUAAAA